AUGUCGUUUGGAAAGACGAUCACCCUCUCUGACGGUUCGAAGAUUCCUCAGAUCGGACUAGGGACAUGGUUGUCCAAACCUCAUGAAGUCGAGAAAGCGGUUGAGAUUGCCGUAAGAAAUGGGUACCGACACCUUGAUCUCGCGAUGGUGUAUCGCAAUCAAGACGAAGUUGGUGCUGCGCUCAAGAAAGUCAUCCCCUCUGUCGUCAAGCGCGAAGAGCUUUUCAUUACAUCGAAGCUCUGGAACUCUGCACAUCAGCCGCAAGAGGUCGAGAAGGAGCUCAACGAGACACUCACCCAGCUCGGACUCGAGUAUUUGGACCUAUAUCUUGUUCAUUGGCCAGUUGCAUUUGCCUCUGGAAGAGGACUCUUCCCUCCUCACCCCACGAAGGAAGGACAAGUCGAAUUGGAUACUGAAACAAGUUUGGUCGAUACAUGGAAAGCGAUGAUUAAAAUCCCCAAGUCGAAAGUCAGAUCUUUGGGAGUGUCGAAUUUCACUAUUGAACAUUUGGAAGCGAUUAUCAAUGCGACAGGCGUUGUUCCAAUCGUGAACCAAAUCGAAGCACACCCUCUCCUUCCUCAAGACGACUUGGUUGAAUAUUGCAAAGAAAAGAACAUCCACAUCACCGCGUACAGUCCUCUUGGAAACAACGUGCUCGGAAAACCAAAGUUGACAGACCAUGAUGUCAUUAUAGAGACAGCCUCGAAGUUGAAUGCCACGCCAGCACAAGUAUUGAUAGCAUGGGGGGCAGCGCGGGGAUAUUCGGUCAUCCCAAAGAGCGUACAGGAACACCGCAUCUUGUCCAACUUCCAGCAGAUCGAGCUAAGUCCAGAAGACUAUGCAAAGGUCUCCAGUAUCGUCGAGGGCAAUCGCACUAGAUUUAACAUCCCCUAUACUACGUGUGAUCCUGUUUGGGAUAUUAACUUGUACGAAGAAGAGGACGAGAAACCGGCCACUCACCGAGUUAAAAUUCAAUGA